AUGACUUCGCGCAGCAGGCCCCGCGGUGCCCAGCUCAAGGAUGAUGCCGACGAGGAGCGCAGCAUCUGGAAUCAGCUCCGCGCUGAUGCCAAGAAAGUUGAUGCCCUGGUGAGGGAAUCAAACGAGAUCGAGAAACGUAUCUAUGAGCUCGGAAUGGCACAGCAGGCUAUCGAAGCCCGGGGUGAUAUGCCUCCAGCUGAUGUUGACCAUGAACUUGACGACCUGGUCCGGAAGAAUAUUCGUCUUCAUGAAGCCAUCAGUAGCCUGACGGACGGCUCUUCGUCUGACAGCAACAUGUCCAUCACUCAAGGCCUUGAGCUCCUUUCGGCUCUCCGCGCCGCCUCCGCUAGUUCGCCCGAUACCAUCUCUAAUGGCUCCCGCCACGCCAGCUCGAAGGUUCAGCGCAACCCAAAAAGGAACAAAAUCGACCAUGCGUCCAACGAUGAUACCGACUCAAUCGCCGACUCGCCAAAGCCGUCCCUCAGUUCUGGAAUCAAGGAUCGCCUCGGCGUCGGUAGCAGUAGCAAAGCUGGAAGUAGGAGUACUAGCGUUGGCGCCGGACGCGAGACUAGCGUCAAGGUUGAGGACGGUAACGACAGCAUGGACAGCGUCAAAGCAAAGGUUAGACUGACUACGCUCUCCAAAGUCUCCACCGUCGGCGACCGUCAUCGUCUCAGUGUCGGCACUGAGGUCUUUUAUCGCAACAAGCAGAAAAAUACAGAAGGCGAGGGCAUUCUCUGCAGCGUAACUUCCGUCAUUGGAGAGGGCAAGCAACGGCGGUACGAAAUAAUCGACUCAGACCCGGACCCAUCUACACCCUUGCAACCCUACCGCGCUUCAGUCAGCAACCUUGUCCCCAUUCCGAUCUCCAAUAUCGGCCUUCCGGAACUACCACUAAGGAAAAACGUUCUCGCUGUGUACCCCGGCACCACCACUUUCUACAAAGCCGAGGUGGUUGCGUCUCGCAUGGGCAAGGGUCUUAAGAAAGAUGGGAAAGAAAUUGGUGGUUCUCUGGGCGAGCUCAAAGACGGUUUUGUCCGACUGCGCUUCGAAGGCGAGGAUGAAGCCGAUCGCGAGAUGGAUGUCGAAAGGAGAUACGUCCUGCCCGAAACCGGAAGAUAA